ACCAAUCAUCAAAUUGUAUUAUACCAAAUGAUCAGCCAAAUAUUAUACAUAAAAUCGUGAAAUGUGGGACGAAAGCAGAAACGUUGAAGGAUAUGUCGUCGGAUAAUAUUAUAAAACAUCCUUCAGAAAAUGUACCAGGUCUCAACGAAAAUUCAGAAGUUGAAACUGUACUUAGGUCCGAUAACAAGAGUUUAAAUGAUAGCCACCAAACUUCCACUGGAGUUACUCGCGAAAGUUUUACCAGUCAGUGUAAGCAAAUGUCAUGUUUCAAAUCAGAAAUGAAUAGAAUUCUGGACACAGACUUCCAUCAUAAAUUUACUAAGUGUAAUCCUGAGCUACCUCAACAGAGUUCAUCUGUGUUUACACCAAACUCUUCACUCUCUAAACCUCCAAUGCUGGAUACUAAAGGUCGAGAAAAGUUAAAUAUUGCUAACGACAGCAAACAUUUAACAAAACUUGCUAACCAACUCCAAUUAAAGGAACAUUCAACUCUAAGUCAGGAAAGAAACAACAACAGUCAAACUUCGCAAAGAACAAUCUCAAUUUUAAAAACAACAUCAAACAACAGCAUUUUGAGUGACUGUGUACUAGAAUGCCCUGCUUGUAAUCAAUCGUCCAUUCGCCACAAACUUUCAAGUCGGGAAUUAGUUUCAGAAGACAUGAAUGUAUCGAAAAGAGAGUCAGUAUUUCCAAAUAGUGUCAAUUCUGAGGAUUCGUCCUGUAGACUUGACAAUGUAGAUAGUAGAAAUAGUAUUCAAGAGGACCGGAAAUCAAUAUCUGGUAGAACACCACAGUAUUCACGAAACAUAUCCACUCUUAAGCUGUGUAAAAAAUGUGAGAUCCACAAGACGGACAAAGAGUCUAAACAAUACGAGGACUACUACAGCAGCCUUCGAGAAACGAAAAGUCGGAAACGUCCUGCAGAUUUGAAUGGAUGUCGUUAUUGUGAAAAACAACCAAAUCGAUAUUCAAGCACAAAAUCCAAAAUUAAAAGCAGGUCCUGGAAUGCUCGCAAACUUGAUAAUUGUAGCAUUUUUUUUAAUGAACCCACGAUGGUUAAUUUGGUAGAUUCUAAAUGUAAGGACAGAGAACAUCAUUCCCAUGAAUCAUCAGCUAAAUGCAUUAGGGAAAUGGAAAACGAUAUUGUUUUUGAUAUUCAUCCUGCUUCUGGCACCAACCAAGAAAGAGUGUUGUAUCGAUAUCCUUGUGCUACUCUUAGAUGCUCCAAGGAGUGUCAAAAACCUGAUGUACAUAUGAGAAGGUGUGUUUGUGGUUAUCGAGAAUCUACCAAAAGCAGGAAUCAGUGGAGUGAUACACUCUCACAUUGUUCUUGUAGUUACCAUACCGAUCGCAAUGAUGGUCAUUACUGCCAUGCAAAGUUUGACAAAAGAAAAAGGCGGAAUAUCAACAAGCUCGGCCCGAGACUAGAAGACAAAGGAGUUGGUACUGAAUCGCAACGACAUGGAAUAGAUUAUACUUCUAUUCUUUUAGAGCCUUCUAUACUUCGUAUGGAUUAUAUGCGUAGAAACGAAGAUGAAAACUCACUUCCUUCUAUAGAAGAUAUUCUGGCUUACCGAAGGUUCCAAACCGAUACCCAGAUUCAACAUGUUAACUCUCCUUUUCAAGUAUCUCAGACACAAGACUUUUACAGAAGUUAUCCUUGCCUCGACGUUGAAAAUGCGAGGGAUUUUCUACACAGGAAACAUUUACGGAAACGUCGGAAGAGGGCGCUUUUUAUGGGAGUGAUGGCAAUUUGUAUUGUCUUGGUAGUAGGAAUCACUGUCGCUGUGGUAUUUACUUCCAUACGACAUAAACAUUACAACUUCACUUAAAAAGUUACUGGUUUGUUAUAAUAUUCAUACAUAGCCAAAAUUUUGAAGGAAGUGAAACUUGUACGAACCGAAAUCGUCAAUAUUGUUUUAUUUUCUUUUUUAAAUAGUUUAGCCAAUACUACCAAAAACUAACCAACAGAUGGCUAUAGCAAUUAUUGCCCAAACACUGCAUGAAUUAACAGAUACCGAAAUUACAUUUUUAUAAAUAAAAACUUUUAAUGUAACGCAUAAACUAGAAUUUAGGAAAUUUAUCAUCAUAAAAAUGUAUCGUAUAAGUUAGCGCUAGUAACCAUCAUCGGCUUGGAUUGACAAUGAUAAAUAUUAAACAUAUAUAUAUAUAUUAACAUAGUGUAAGGUAAAUAUCUCGAAAUCUCUGAACGGACAAGAGUGUAAGGUAAACCAAAUUAUCAACAGAUGCCUAAACAACUGAUUGCACAGGAGCUGUAUGAUAGACUUUUUUGUUGCAUACGCCUAUACCUAUUUUCACGAGCAUCAUCAGGGUGUAUCACAUUUUAUGUACAUCAUAAAUUAAUAAAUCAUGCUUGUUUUCCUAAAUUGUGUUAGUAAUUUUAUGGUAUCACUGUAGCAAGAAUUUUGAAAUGCAACUACAGCAUAUACAGAUUGAUGGGAUUUGGCCUAUGGC